CCGGGAACAUGGCGCAGGAGGCCGGCGACAUGGAAGAUGGACAGCUUUCCGACUCGGAUUCCGACAUGGUGGUCGCACCGAGCGACAGGCCGCUGCAGGUGCCGAAAGCACUAGGAGGGGACAGUGCAGUGAGGCCCUUCCAGGGCACUGCAGCAGCCUGUGCACCAGUGUCACAUUAUCGGACUGUUAAAGGUGUGGACUCAAGUGAAGAGAGUUUUUCUGAUUCAGAUGAUGAUAGCUCUCUUUGGAAACGCAAGCGACAGAAAUGUUUCAACCCCCCUCCCAAACCAGAGCCUUUUCAGUUUGGCCAGAGCAGCCAGAAACUGCCUUUUGCUGGAGGGAAGAAGGUUAACAACAUCUGGGGUGCUGUGCUGCAGGAGCAGACUCAAGAUGCAGUGGCUGAUGAUCUUGGUAUAUUGGAAAUGGAAGGCACUAUUGACAAAAGCAGACAAUGCGAGGCCUACAAUUAUUUGCUUGCAAAGAAACUUAAGAAGGCGGCUCAAGAACAGACAGCAGAAUUAGACAAAGAGUUAGAUGAAUACAUGCAAGGUGGCAAGAAAAUAGGCUCAAAAGAAGAGGAAAACGGGCAAGGUCAUCUCAAACGGAAACGACCUGUCAAAGACAGACUAGGGGACAGACUAGAAAUGAACUAUAAAGGCCGGUAUGAGAUCACAGAGGAUGAUUCUCAGGAGAAGGUGGCUGAUGAAAUUACUUUCAGGUUGCAGGAACCAAAGAAAGAUCUGAUAGCCCGAAUAGUGAGUAUAAUCGGGAACAAAAAGGCAAUUGAACUUCUGAUGGAAACUGCUGAAGUUGAACAAAAUGGUGGCCUUUUUAUAAUGAAUGGUAGUCGAAGAAGAACACCAGGUGGAGUUUUUCUAAAUCUCCUGAAAAACACUCCUAGUAUCAGUGAGGAACAAAUUAAGGACAUUUUCUACAUUGAAAAUCAAAAGGAAUAUGAAAAUAAAAAAGCUGCUAGGAAGAGGAGAACACAACUGUUGGGGAAGAAGAUGAAACAAGCUAUUAAAAGUCUGAAUUUUCAAGAAGAUGAUGAUACAUCACGAGAAACUUUUGCAAGUGACACAAAUGAGGCCCUGGCCUCUCUCGACGAAUCACAGGAGGGACAUGGAGAGACCAAGCUGGAUGCAGAGGAGGCCAUCGAGGUUGACCACUCUCAUGAUUUGGACAUUUUUUAGUUCAUUUAGGAAGGACUGAACUCCUAAAUAAUUGUAAUAAACCAUUUCUACUGAAUUGCUUUGUUUUACUUUGCACUGAUAAACAUGAAAAUCUGGAAA